UAUAUGUUUUUUAUAACUUAAUUAACCCAGAUGAUUUUAUUUGUCAGUUGGGAAGCCCAGCAGUGUAAUGGUUCACUAAAAAUUUGUCAAUAUUUAACUCAUUAGGCUUUAAUGCAGUAAAUGCACCCACAGUGUAUACCCUGCUAUCUAAUGCCAGAAUGAUUGUACUUGUUCCACUGAGAAAGCUCUUUUUCAGCUUAGUGGUUAACUAAAAAAUCUUACUUGUGCAACAUGUAGUGCAACCAUUCGUACUAAACAAAUCCCAGAUGAUUAUAUUUCUCAGUAACCUUACUCUGUAUCUACAUAGGAGUUAAUUUAUAAUUAACAGAAUCCAACAUUUCUGAAAGAUUAGACAAAUUUGGAUUUUAAAAAGGAUUUGGGGCAACUUUUUAGUAUAUGAAUAUCUGGGCAUUUCUUUGUCAACACCAAAGUCUACAUAACAAUAUCUCACAAAUAUAUCAAUAUGUUUAAUAGCUUGUGAUUGUAAAAUCAAAAUAUAUAAGGAUAGCUCAAAUAGUGUUAUAAAUUAAUGGUGUUUGACAUGUGAAUUAUACAUUGUGAUAAAGCUUAUAAAAUUAAACAAAAUUGAUGUAGAAUUUUCUUUAACAAUCAAAUUAAUAAUAGUCUAUCAUUGGGCGUGAGAGUGGCAUUAUAUAUACAUAUGUCCAGUAAUUUGGCAGAUGCUGUGGUUGUGUGUUCAUAACUAGUUAGGAAAUAUAUGAAAUUGAUGAAUUCCUUAGAUUUUGCCUUUGUUCCGUUUUAUUUUUUAUUAUUAAAACUUACAGGCCUUGCAUGGUACUGGCUAUAAAUUGGCACAGGCAUGAUUGAAACAACAUUGUACAUCUUUCAGAAUUAUGCUAUGUUUUUUAGUUUAAAACAUUUUACUAAACAUUUAUAACAAGUAUCAGUUAUGUUCAACUUUAUAUAUGCAGGUAAAUAGAUUGGUGAAUGAAAUUGAAGACCUAGAUAACAUCAGGGCUGAAUUAGUUGAUGAUAAGCAGGAAGAACAGGAAGGAAGCUUUAGUAUAGGCGAGAAGGCAGUUACUAGACGUAAGAGCAAACCAACAGGGGAAGGUUGUGUGGAGUCUACAGGUAGAAAGCGGAGGAAAGAAACCAUGGUAGCAGCAUGUGCAAUACACGGGGGUAGUGACGAAAACAGGAAGCCAGGAGUUAUUGGAAUGUUGGAGACAUUAGAUAGGAAAUGUAAGGAGGAAGAUAUUGUUGAAGGAAUGGAAAAGUGUAGCAAGAUCAAGAAUAAGGUUUUACCGAAGAUAUACAAAGAAGAUUUAAAGAAGUAUGAAAGAUCAAAUGACAAUAUGUUGCGGUCAAUUGCAGUAUAUUAUAGCAAGGGUAUUAUGGGUAAAGAUAAGUAUAGGAGAGUUUAUAAGGCUAAUUCAUAUAAGCAGGUAGUAGGUAGUAAGCGGGCUGCGCGUAUUAAGGUUGCCAACUGUCCCACCCCUCGCCUUGUUCCCUAUGACAGGUUAAUGCGGUAUAUAAAAUCCAUUGAUAUUGGUGAGUUGUUUAGUGUUCGUGAAAAUUUGUGCAAUGGUAUGGAUGAAUGUGAGAAAGUCAACGGAUGUUACAGGGAUAUUGAAGAUCUUCUUGUAAGACUAGCUAAUUUUUAUUUGAACAAUGGUGAGUAUCAAAUUGUUAACUUCGGUGAGCCGAAUACAUUUCAUAUUGCUCUGGGUGGAGAUGGUGCACCUUUUGGAAGAGAUGAUUCAGCAUGUUCAUGGUUGGUAAGUUUUCUUAACAUUGGACAAGGCGUAUUGAGUAGCAACGAAAAUUUUCUUCUUUUUGGAGCUAAUUGUUCAGAAAACUGUCUACCGGUAAAACGUUUCUUGGGUAAGCUUAUGAUUGAUAUUAAACGAAUUGAAAGCAAGUCUUACUCUGUUCUAGCUAAAGAAGAAAGCGUUGAAGUCAAGUUUGUAUUUUCAGAACUGCCAAACGAUAUGAAAAUGCUUUGUUUUUUAGCUGGGGAGCUUACUAAUAGUGCUACGUACUUUUCCACCUUUUGCAGAUUAAAUCAGGAGUCCAUGUCGGUAAACGGAAAAGGAACCUUCGGGCGAAAUAAAAACGAUACCUGGAAACCGUGGAAAUACUCGGAAAGGAUCAAACAGGCGAAAAAAGUUUCUGACUUCAAAAAACAACUUGAAAGGAAGAAUGUCAAAGCCGCCACCAAACGAACAAAUGUGACGACUUUCAUUGCUAAGCAGAAAAGCCGCCAAGAAUUUGUUCCUUUGGUGGCUGAGCUAAUAGACAGAGCUCAUGUCGAACCGCUUCAUUUAAAAAAUAACGCAUGUGCCUUAGCUCAUCGUUAUCUUUUAAAUCAAGCGAUUGAAAUGUCAAAACCUAACUUACCUUCAUCUUUUUCUCAGGUUCUACCAGAAACACCAUUUUACAAGUUUGUUAAUGUUUUAAGAUCAAAGUGUAACCUGAAUAGGCUGGCGAAACGUAUCAUACGGUGGUACGACGAAAACGCAAAGCUUGAUGGAAUGACGUUCAACUAUAGAUUCACAGGUAAGGACUCUCGCAUGUUUUUACACAACUUUAUGUUUCUCAUUGAUGUGCUUGAAAAUGGUGUUUCUGGAAUAACCUCUAAUAUACUUCACGUUCAUGCUUAUCUCUGCCUUUGCUUGCGAAAUGCAGUUGCUUUAUUUAGUCGGGUAAAUAUUACUGAUGAGCAGGUAAGAGAACUAAAGAAACAUUGUGAAAAUUUCCAUCGUGGUUACUGGCUAUAUCUGAAAGUGAAUCCAACUGUGUGGACUUUAGGUCUUGUUGUUCCUGUUCACACAAAAGAAAUGAAGGAACGUUAUGGGUUGGGGCUGGGUUUAAACUCAAUGGAAGGACGAGAAGCAAAGCAUAUAGCUAUCUCAAAGUACUGUGCAAAUACUGCAUAUAGCCAUAGGUGGCAACAGGUUUUCCAUCACGAAUACAUUUCUUUAAUUUGGUUGCGUAAACAUGGUUAUAAUAAUGUUAAUAGUUCUCGUAGUAAUAGCACCCUUUCUUAUUUCCCCAAGCGAGUGCGCGAUAGUGACACUAAUUAUUGUGAUUGUGGUUUACAGAAAGUAUUUUCAGAUGAGUUGUGUAGGUUUUGCGGUAACGAACUAAGGAACAAGAUAAAGGAAAGCUUGGAGAAAUGUAAGUCGUUUUUUUAAAUACUGUACUGCAUGUAUACAGUGGAAUUCCGUCAAUAUGACCAUUGGUAAGGCCCGGUUCCAUUUCAACCAUAUCGCAGCGAAAUGUAUCGAAUACUCAGAAACAAAGAAAUACACGUUUUCAGGGUAUUUAUGACAACUGUUUCAGAAAAAUAAAACAUGAAAAAGGGUUUAAUAAUGACCCUAAAGGCCUAAUUUCGAAUGGAAAUUAUACACAUGUCAAAUUCAACAGCAUGUACUGUAAUUUCAUUAAUUUUAAUUAGACAAUAUGUGACAUCAAAAGUUGUCGUGCACGCGUUUUCCAGAUUUAUAGUUUUUGUCACAAAAAAGGAAUUGUCGUAUAGUCGGGUUCCACUGUAUAAGAAAUAAAAUAUAUAAGAGGUGAUGAAGACGCUAGAUUGGUGAUUACUUUCAUUAAUUAAACUAGCGAUGGUAUCCGGUAUAGUAGCGAUAAUUGCGAUG